AUUGAUCACGUUUCACAAUUUCCGCUUGAGUAUAUGCAUCUUGUCUGUCUUGGCGCAACACGCAGAUUAUUACUGCAUUGGCUACGAGAGGUAAAAUUAUUCAAUGGCCAACGUAUUUCCUGUGUCAAAAGAGUUCAAAAAAUAUGUUGUUGUAGGAUUUAUAAAGGAAAAAAAAACAAGGAGUAUGUGCUAUGGAGAUUAUAUGCUCGUUUGGCUAAUAAACAACCAUAUUAAUUACUGGCCAAGUAAUCUUCAAUUAUCAUCAAAGAUAAUGAAAGCAACACAAGAUAAUGUAACACCAAACAGGAGCUGGAAGCAGCUGAAAAUCCGUAUUCUAUAUGAAACUGACAGUUAUGAAGCAGCAUUUCAGAAAAUUGAAAUACUGGCAUAUACUUCAAAUGCAGAAACAUAUGAAGAUAGCCUAGAUGAAUCACCUCCAUUAAAAAAUUCUAGAGGAAAGCAACUUAAAUUUAAAAAAAAAAGCAUCUAAUAAACACUGAUGAAGAAGAUGGUAAUGAAGAUGACUUGUUUGACCAAACCGAAAUUCCUCGCUUUUUAUCACAGCCAGUUGUUACAGAUGAAAAUAAUAUAUCAACAUCUAUCGCUACUAUUGGGACAAGAUUUGCUUGUGAUUAUAUUUAACAUUUGU